AGAGUAUAAAAGCUUAGACUUCUCUCCGAAAUUCCAUCAGCUUCAUUUGACUCUCCCAUCUUCACAACAGCAUCUUCCCAGAGAAGCAGAUUCAUCCCAUCACUGAAACCAUGGUUUCCUGUGGCCCAUCCUGUGCUGUCCCAUCCAUUGCUUCCUGCCCCACUGUUGGAUUUGGAUCAGCAGGAAGUCUUGGCAGUGGAGGUCUUGGCUAUGGAGGUUUUGGCUAUGGAGGCCUUGGCUCUGCCGGUCUUGGCUAUGGAGGUUUCGGCUAUGGAGGCCUUGGCUCUGCCGGUGCUUAUGGCAUUGGUUCAGGAGCAAGCACCAACUCAGCACAGCUUGGCACCUUGGAUGGGGUUAUCCCACAACCCAUCAACCAGAUCCCACCAGCAGAGGUCACGAUCCAGCCACCUCCUGUCACUGUGAUCAUCCCAGGACCCAUCCUCUCUGCCAGCUGUGAGCCUGUGGCUGUUGGAGGCAACACUCCAUGUGCUGUUGGUGGCUCUGGGCUGGCAGGAGGCUUUGGUGGCUUUGGUGGCUUUGGGGGUGGCCUUCUUGGAAGCUAUGGGGGUUAUGGCUUGGGCUCUGGCAGCUGGAGCAGGGGUGGAAUCAUUGGAAGGAAGUCUCUUCUGGGACGUCGUGGGAGUGUUUGCUUGUAGACCGAUCCAACCUGAGAAGAAUAUCCUUAUGAAACAACCAUUGACCAUAGAACUCAAUA